CUCGUCAUGUGACUUUGGCGUAAACAGGAAGCAGCUGAUCUUGACUUCACUGCCUGCCUCUUCCAAGUAAUGUUUACAACUGUAUGCCAAGAAAAAUAGACACCUUUGCUGAAAGAGCUUUAUUUAAAGAAACAUUUCUACCCUGCCGGGCGGAAAAGGAGAGCUGCUGCUGCGGACACACACUGAAGUCAUCUGACUUGCAGCCCAGAGGAAUACUCUACUUCGUGUCUGCAAAGGGGGGAUGUCAAGCACAGCGAUGAAGAAAAAGGUGUUACUGAUGGGGAAAAGUGGGUCUGGAAAGACCAGUAUGAGAUCAAUCAUCUUUGCCAACUACAUAGCUCGAGACACACGCCGCCUUGGAGCUACAAUUGACGUGGAGCACUCCCAUGUUCGAUUUCUUGGCAAUCUGGUCCUAAACCUGUGGGACUGUGGAGGACAGGACACGUUCAUGGAAAACUACUUCACCAGCCAGAGGGACAACAUUUUCAGAAACGUAGAGGUUCUUAUAUAUGUGUUCGAUGUUGAGAGCCGUGAGCUGGAGAAAGACAUGCACUAUUACCAGUCAUGUCUGGAGGCCAUUCUGCAGAACUCCCCGGAUGCCAAAGUGUUCUGCCUCGUUCACAAAAUGGACCUGGUGCAGGAAGACCAGAGAGAUCUGAUCUUUAAGGAACGUGAAGAAGAUCUGAAGAGACUGUCCAGACCUCUGGCCUGUACAUGCUUCAGGACAUCCAUCUGGGACGAGACCCUCUACAAGGCCUGGUCAAGCAUUGUGUACCAGCUCAUCCCGAAUGUCCAGCAGUUGGAGACAAACCUGAGAAAUUUUGCUCAGAUCAUAGAGGCAGAUGAAGUUCUUCUUUUUGAGAGAGCCACCUUCCUGGUGAUCUCCCACUAUCAGUGCAAAGAGCAGCGGGAUGCUCAUCGCUUUGAGAAGAUAAGUAAUAUUAUCAAACAGUUCAAACUCAGCUGUAGUAAACUUGCAGCCUCUUUCCAAAGCAUGGAAGUGAGGAACUCUAACUUUGCCGCCUUCAUCGACGUCUUCACCUCCAACACAUAUGUCAUGGUCAUCAUGUCGGACCCCUCCAUUCCAUCUGCAGCCACUCUCAUCAACAUCCGCAAUGCUAGGAAACACUUUGAGAAGUUGGAGCGGGUGGAUGGACCCAAGCACAGCCUGCACAUGCGGAUGCGUUAGUCGGGGCAUUUGACCCAGUGGAUACUCUCAGCCAAUCAGCCCACAGACCACUGUGGUGGUCUUUCAGCUCUGAUGCAUAUAAGCAGCCCUGCACUGUUUCUAUAUUUUCACAUUCAAUCAGUUAUUUCUGGGCAGGAAUCAUUUUUUUGAUUUAUUUUUUGUUUUGUUGGUUUUUUGUGUCAAAUUUCUACAGUGAUCAUAUACAGCUUGAAAAACAACACAUUCUGUUGAAAUAUUUGCCCCAACCUGAUGAAUUGAAUUAAAAAUAAAUAUUUGUGUUUGCUAUGGAGGGGGCUACCUUUGCUGUCACCUGUAUGGACCUAUACAGUAGAUUUCUUCACCCUAGGCAGUUAAUCCCAGCGAUUUGGGGAUGUUAAUUUCCAAAUGAUAAGCAGUAGAUACUGUUGGAUUUUCAAAUGCAGUUUGUAAGCUGUUACAACUUUGAAUGGAUGGAAAAUAUAGUUAUAUUCAGAAAAAACAUAA